UACUAUAUAACAAAUAAUUUGAGGAUGUUGAGAAACAUACCCAAGUUACGAGGCGUAUGCAGCACCUCUCUAAUCACGCCAGUGCGCACUGCUGCAGUUGGGCAACCUGACAAGAUUGGCACAUAUCAGACAUCUGUUCUGAAGCGAGAGCUGGAGUAUAAGAGACGGAGAAAAUUAAGGGACAUGAUCAAGGCUGAGCGUCAAUAUGUUGGAUCAUUGCCAGGAAUCAGUAGUGACGAAUAUAGGCCAUCUCUGGAGCCUGGUACUAUUAACCUGCGGUCCAUGCACCCUGUGUAUCAUAGUCCACAACUUAGGAGCCAGACACCCGAACAGACGGCAGCAGCAUGGGCUAAAAUAACAGAAUGGCAAGAGAAGAUUACAGCAGCCCGGGGCACAGACCGACUUGGUCUUGUCAGCGAACUGUUCGACAGCUUCAAGCUUGUAUACGUGGUCCAGGGAGACCCCAAGACAGACUUGAGGCACCCAACUGGGGAAUACGCCACACAAGCUCUGAAACUACACGGAAUAGUGCGCGGGAUAGAGGGGUACAUGGUUCUGAACGUGGCAGAUGAUGAGGAGCUGGAGGAGACGUGUAUUGAGCUGUCAGGGUGCACCUGGAUGCCUCAAGUGUGGGCUGGAGGAAGGUUUAUGGGUGAUUGGAGACAUGUUGCGGAUAUGCACAAUGAUGGGCCCAUGGUGGCCAUGCUGGAGGGGUGUGGCCUGAGUAGCAAGUUGAAGGGGUGUUACUAUGAGGGGAAAUCUCCCUUAGUUAAGUAUUAGACAUUGAUUUGUAGUACGAUAAACUGUAAUGUAAUUAAGUUGUGAGGUGUUACGAGCACAAAGGUUUUUUAAGUUAAAGUAUGAAAAUAUAAAGUCAUGAGAAUUUUCCAUGUUAUGUUUAAAUAGAGGUAUCUUUAGUAUUAUUUAUUAAACACAGGCAUGAGUAUCCUUAAAUUGUCUGACAUGAUAGUUCUAAUAUUUUACUAUCUGUAUGUCCUCUUAUCGUUGAAUAUCAUUACAGAUCAUGUUACUAUCCAGUUAACAUGAAACAUUGUUAAGAACAUAAGUUACAAACUUGUACGUCAUCGUGAAAUUGAGUCAGAUUGUCUGCCAUGUGA